AUUAAUUAGAGCAAAAACGUUAGGGUAGAUCCCAGAUCUGGUGGGAAGAAGAAGAUUAGAAACUAGAACUGAGAUCUCCCGAGAAAGAGAAAGGAUGUUUAUGUUGGAUUGGUUUUAUGGCGUAUUGGCAUCUCUUGGUUUAUGGCAAAAGGAAGCUAAGAUCCUCUUUCUCGGUCUCGAUAAUGCCGGCAAAACCACUCUUCUUCACAUGCUCAAAGACGAGAGAUUAGUUCAGCAUCAACCGACGCAGUAUCCCACAUCGGAAGAGCUGAGUAUUGGUAAAAUCAAAUUCAAAGCUUUUGAUUUAGGUGGUCAUCAGAUCGCUCGCCGUGUCUGGAAAGAUUACUAUGCCAAGGUUGAUGCUGUUGUAUACCUGGUAGAUGCAUAUGACAAAGAGCGGUUUGCGGAGUCAAAGAAAGAAUUAGAUGCACUGCUAUCUGAUGAGUCCCUAGCUACUGUCCCCUUCCUCAUUUUGGGAAACAAGAUAGACAUACCGUAUGCUGCCUCAGAGGAUGAGUUGCGUUAUCACCUCGGCUUGACUGGUGUCACUACUGGCAAGGGUAAGGUGAAUCUUGCUGAUUCUAGUGUUCGUCCCUUGGAGGUGUUUAUGUGCAGUAUUGUACGCAAAAUGGGGUAUGGUGAUGGCUUUAAAUGGGUUUCUCAAUAUAUAAAGUAGAGUCAUUAGCAAUGUACGAGAAAUUGAAACAGUUUGUGCCCUCUUUUAUGCUUUCGUACAACUAUUUUUUCCCGUCUGGAAAAGAUGGAAUCUGUUCAUUUGUUCUCAAACCACUGAGGUCUGUUAGUACUUACUAUUUUAAUUUGUAUGCGUUUAGCAUCUAUUUAGUGUGUUGAGAAGCUAUUGAUUGUUGGUGUAAAAUUUUACGUAAUUGGCUGGAAGAUUGUCAAAUCCCAGAUUAUUGACUUUCAACUCUUAGUACCCA